UUUAAGAUUUACAUUUUAAAACAAUGAGUUAGAUGAUUUACAGCAUGGAAACGUGGAAAUGCAUACAUCUUGCAAGUAUACAUCCCUGGUAAACUGAAAGUCUAACGAAGACUUGAAUUAGAACAGUUGCGACACCCAGGAAUUGCACAGAAUUCUCAAAGUGAUGCUUAACGCGCGUGUACGCGGCAGGUGACUUAAUUUCGUUCGUAAAUGUAAAUUUGUAUUAGUAGCAUCUUCAGGGAUGUCGCUGAGAUCAGUAUUUACAAACAGAUGAUUUAAGAACUUAAGCAGAGGUAUGGAGUAGACGUCUAAGAAGAGAGGAAAAUGUCCCCCCUCGUUUGAUUGACAGAGCAAAGGACCACUCGAAGGCUAGCAUGACCUCACGAAGCGCUCUUUAAAAUCCUUCCUCAAUCCCAAGGCCGAUAGAUGGCAGUUUCCUGUCCUCUGCGACGCGCAAAACCACCGGAUAGAGAAACGCACAGCAUCAGAGUGCAAAGCUUGAGAGACUGCUGCUCUGGAUGGACUUGCCAACGUGUAAAAGCAAAUGAACAUUCAGGAAUAAUUCAGGAAAAUAAUCCCACUGGUUUAUCACCAGAGCGACGUUCGGCAUAAGAAAAGGAUACAAACAGCACAGAAGUGAGAGCGGUGAGAAGAGAGAGUUUCAGCAGGUAACGGCCGACAUGCAGCACUACGGGGUGAACGGCUAUUCUCUGCACGCCAUGAACUCUCUGAGCGCAAUGUACAACCUCCACCAGCAGGCGGCGCAGCAGGCGCAGCACGCCCCCGACUACCGGCCUUCCGUGCACGCGCUCACCCUGGCGGAGAGACUGGCUGACAUCAUCCUGGAAGCUCGCUACGGGUCGCAGCAUCGCAAGCAGCGGCGCAGCCGCACGGCCUUCACCGCUCAGCAGCUGGAGGCCCUGGAGAAGACCUUCCAGAAGACGCACUAUCCAGACGUGGUGAUGCGGGAGCGCCUGGCCAUGUGCACCAACCUCCCCGAGGCCAGAGUCCAGGUGUGGUUCAAGAACCGACGUGCCAAGUUCCGCAAAAAGCAGCGCAGCUUGCAGAAGGAGCAGCUGCAGAAGCAGAAGGAGGUCACGGAGGGCGCACUGGAGGAAGUCAAGGGCGAGCCUCCUGCCGCCAGCACGUCCGACGCCCACACGCCUCCCUCCUCCACCUCGUCCCCCUCCGAGGCAGAGGGACCUCCGCACCCCCUGCCGGCAGAGCUUAGCGUGGAGGUUAACGUCACCUCGGCCGAGCAGUCGGGCAGCGAAUCGGCCACAGAGGACAACACAGACAAGGAAGAGGAACCCAAGGGGGACAAGGGGCUGCUGCCUGGACACAAGUCGCCGCCCUGCAAAAGGCUCAGCCCCAAAGCAGAUUCACCGCUUGGCUCUCCGGCCAUCCCAUGUUCCAGCGGCAUAAAUGGUGGGAUAGCGCAGAACCACUCAUACUCCUCCUCCCCGCUCAGCCUCUUCCGUCUGCAGGAGCAGUUUCGCCAGCACAUGGCUGCCACCAACAACCUGGUGCAUUACUCGUCCUUCGACAUGGGCACGCCCUCCUCUGUGCCCUACCUGGGCAUGAAUGUCAACAUGCCGGCGCCUCUGGGCUCGCUGCCCUGCCAGCCGUACUACCAGUCCCUGUCCCAUGCUCAGCAGGUCUGGAACAACCCGCUGCUCCAGGCCUCAGGUGGUCUGCCCAGCCUCAACAGCAAGACCACCAGCAUCGAGAACCUUCGACUCCGUGCCAAGCAGCACGCCGCGUCUCUGGGCCUAGACACACUGCCCAACUGACCCCACAGGACGGUGGCCAAGCUGGCAGCCAGACCGACCCCCCCCCCAGCCUCAUACCCAAAUACUCAAGCCUAUCAGCUGGAUCCAGGACACUGUCCCAGUCUCGCAACUGGAUCCAGGACACUGUCCCAGUCUCGCAACUGGAACCAGGACACUGUCCCAGUCUCGCAACUGGAUCCAGGACACUGUCCCAGUCUCGCAACUCAUUGUCUUCAACCUCACCCUUCUGCACUGACUGUACACUCUCUCUAUUUCAUCUGAUAACGCAAACAUAUUAAUGAUCACAAAAUAUUGCUAUGAAAGCUGAGAAUAUUGCCCUCUAAAAAGAAUGAUUAUUAUUUCUGCUCUGCAAUUAGCUACUUUUCAUGAGGCUUUUUCUCACUAAAUCUCUGUGUCGUAGCCUACAAGACCAGGCCUCAGUUAGGACCCCCUCCGCUUUGUACAUAGCCAGUCCCGUCUGUUCCUCCUUUCCUGGUUAGCGAGUAUCAGUUAGUGUUGCCUUCCAUGAAGAAGAUAUAUCCCCAUUUGAGACAUUUCUCCCGUGUUCAUAACAAAAAAACGACUCAAUUAUUUAAAUAUCAAGGGAAUUCAGACCCAAAAUACAGUUAGGCUAAGCCAGAGGACACAAUUUCUAGUCCUGUUAUACUGAAAAACCAGCCUAGCUGCAUAUCUGUUGAACGCAUCAUCAUAAAUCCAAGCCAUGUAUUUCCUGGUUGUCUAAUUAAAUGUAACUAAUUUAUCUGUUUUACAGCCGGGAUUAAAACCACUUACAUGGAGAAUGACUUGGUAAUGAGAAAACAAUUUCAGUACUAAAUAUGCGAGCUCUUAAUUACAUUUUGCCUGGGGUAACAGCAAAUUAUGCCAUUAUCAUAUUAAGCUGUGCAUAACUUUGAAGUCACACGUAAAUGUCAUUUAUUGCACAAAAAGAAUCUCCUCCAUGUUUGGUAUCACUUCGUGGAAUCGAGUGGAAAAGGACUUAAGGAUAUAAAAACAAAAAUUAUUGCAGCAAUUAUGGUCACAGUCAUAUAAAACCAAGUAAGUUAAUGAAGAUUAUAAACUUAUUAUGGCUACACACAGUCCUGAGAACCCUCUGGAAGCUCCAUGCACCAUCUUUAUGGGCUGAUGGACAGCUGAAUGCCGCACUUCCUCUGGGGACAGGAAGUUCCCUAUGAAGCACUUCCUGGAACCAGGUCUUAUCCUGCCAUGCCUGUUCUGUGUCCGUUUCUCCUUGUCGAGGACCCUGCGUUCAUCAACUAAAAUUAUGUAAAUUAUUUUAUAUGUAAAUUAAGAAGAAGAAUCUUUAUCUGUAAAUGUUAUCCAAUAAGGGAAAUGUAUUGUCAUCAGUGGUUGUAGAUGGAGAAAACUCAUUUGGAUGGGUGAUCUUGUAGCUGUUCUUAGUAAGAUUGUAUUGAGUUGGCAACAGUCUGCACCUUACCCUCUGAACUCUAUAAAUACAACUUUGAUGUAUCUGUAAGUACUUCUAUUGAUUUCCAUUGUGACUGUGGUCAUAGGGAGGAAUCGUUAUGGUUAACCACAGGGUCGUCACACCAAGUGACAAAUUCAUAGUGUGAUGGGGUGGAAAUUUAUUUGAGCUCAAAAGGUUUUCCUAACUUAACAAAGUAGGUUUUCAGAGUAAAAUGUUGUAAAAGAAAAGUACUCAAUAAAGCAUAAUUUGAAGG